CCACGACUACCUUUGACGGAACGGUCCGAAGGAUGUACGCGUAUUGUUAUGACAAAAUACAAGUAACACGUCAUGCACAGUAUUUUCAAAUAUUAAAGUAGAAAUUUGCAUCGUGGCGUGAUAUUUGCUUUUUUAUUUCUACUUUUGCUUUGCCAAACUUUCUCAAACGCAUCGUACACGAGUUGCCUGAUUGGUUUUGGGCUUAACCUAAACAAAAUCUGCUGCACAAAAUUCCACGCAAGUUUUGAAAUCCAAGCGAGGUUCAUUGGAACAUUGGUCGUCAACAAUGGCAGAUGAACAGCAACAGUUUUUUCUUAAAUGGAAUGAUUUCCAAUCUAAUAUGGUAUCAUCGUUCAAACACUUACGAGAUGAAAAAAGUUUUACAGAUGUGACGUUAGCUUGUGAUGGUCAAACUUGUAAAGCACAUAAGAUGGUGUUAUCUGCUUGUAGUCCUUAUUUUAAGUCUUUGUUAGAGGAAAAUCCGUCCAAACAUCCCAUUAUAAUUCUAAAAGAUGUUGCGUACAGUCAUCUUCAAGCUAUUUUGGAGUUUAUGUAUGCAGGAGAAGUUAAUGUUUCGCAAGAUCAGUUGCCUGCAUUUCUUAAAACUGCUGAUCGGCUUAAAGUCAAAGGGUUAGCAGAAGCACCAGGUGCCAUUAAGAGAGAGGGUUAAAGUUAUACUUAUAGUUAUGGAUAUUGGAAAGCGUGUGGACUAAAAAAAAAAAAGUGUAAUAAUGUAAAGUGAUUAUGUAAAGACAUAUACCACACAUCAUAAAAAACACACGCUAUGUGUGCACAACUCAGUGUCCUCUGGUUCAUGACUUGGAUCAACACACGGCGACAAUGUAAAUUGCCUUUUCUUCAUCUCAGUUAAUGUUAAUGUUGUAUUGAAUGUAUGUAUACAAAUAUGGUAGAGACGAAAUGUUGAUGUUUGUCUUGAACCCGUUGCGCCAUGCGGUGGCGACAACACAUUGAUUAUUUUUUUAAAACAAAGUGCUGCAGAAACUAAUAAGUGGGUCACCAUAGUUUACAAUACACGGGACAGUUUUGUGGAUCAAAUGGAAAUGUUAAAAGACAUCUUUACAACUGCUGUUUUUAAAAUGGAUCUACUGUCUCACUAUAUUUUCCUAUCGGUGGUUCCAUGGUAGAUCUGUUCACGAGGCAUUAAAAUUUCUUAAAUCUGUACCAAAUAUUGGAUAAGCGCAACCUUUUUACCGUUUUCUUCUGUACGGAGGAUAGAGCAAUAUUUUAUUGUAAUAUAAAAACUAAAUAUAUUCGAGAAAUAAGAGUUUAUGAUACUGUAAUUGUAAGCCAAUAUGUUAAUAUAGGAGAGCAAGAAAUUUAGAUCGUAUCGUGAAUAGAUCUGCAAUACCCCGAUAAUCCCAUGAAAGAAUGUUAAAUCAAGUUUACUGGAAGUUGUAACAUGCGUGUCGUUUAUUGCUCUCUUUUAUUAUCGGCAAUAUGUUUAGUUAGGUGUAUAUACACGAUUAUUCUUCAAAUUAUUGAGAUAUAAAAGAACUCUUGUGUGGAUAUAUCUGUGGUAUCUCUUGUAGUUCAAGAAAUAAUCGUGUAUAUAUGUUCAACCAAAUAUAGUGUUCGUGAAUUGAUAGAUCGUGUCGUUUCUCACCGGUUAAUAUUUGCAAUUGGCACGAGAAUAAUUGUUUCAUUCAUCUUUAAUUCAGUCGGUACCAGUUACCUCUUCUAGUGAUCAUGAUUUUUUUACUUAACCAAAUACUGCCAGUAUUUAUACCGGCGUAUUCACAAUAUUACCGAUAGACCAAAUUUAUUUAUGAUAAUAAUAUAUUAAGGGUUGAAUGUCUUAAAUCGAGGGAAGGUUAUUGUAAUAUAAGCGAAACAAAUUUUUGUAAAGUCGGAGCGCACAGUUCCUUUCCCCUCCCGAUGGAUCAGAAUAAUCAGAGUUAAAGGCAAAAAUGUCAGGAAACAUUAUCGAGUCAAGAACAUAUGUAUUGAUACGUGUUGUACACCAAAAUAUAAAAGUACCGUUUUAUUUGUUAUAUAAUCGCGAGUCCAAGAUCUUUUGCUACUUUUACUUCGAAGCACUAAUUUUAUAAUUCUCAUAAGUUGAUGAAUGAUUUUGCUUUAUUCUUUUCUUAUUUCUUAAUAUAUUUGAUAUAUAUUAUUUUUUCUUUUCCUAAAAAUUAGUUCUGGUGUAAUAUCAUUUGGUAUACUUUACGAUAAUUACCAAACAAAAAUUAGGUGUAUUUACCAUUUAGAAUUAUACCGUUACGUAUAUUUACGAUUUUUUAAUUCAUUUUUAAACACCACGAGUACUUCUACGAUACUGAAUGCCAAUUUAGGAUUACACAUUCGUUUCCUAUACUUGAAACAUAUUGGAAACAAAAUCGUACAAAGAAAUUUUUGUAGCACAAUUUUUUCUGUCUUUUUUUAAUUGCGUCGGAUGUUCUUGUGAACAUUAUUAUAAUUGUAUGAUCAUUUAGAAACAACAGAUUGACGUUCGAAUAGAAUUUUUAUCUUGACGAUAUGAAGGAGCUAAUUCGAAACGAGUUAAUUAAGAACGAUUGUUGUAAUUAUGUACAACAUAAACGCACGUAAUGGGACCAGCCGCAAUGAACUAUAAAGGUACAAUUGGAAUUGACUUUGUCUAGCCUCCGUUAAUAGCUGUAUUGAUUAUUAUUUUCGAAGUGUGUUCGAUCACAUAUCAAUUAUUUUGCUCGAUUCGUACUAUUAGCGAAAGAAAAAUUUUCACAGUCAUCCGAUAGCAAGUCGUACUUGAAAAGCAAAGAAAAAAGAAUGACGAUCGUGUCUGUUCACAGUAUUUAAGACAGCCUUUAACAUUAAGAUGGUUGGGUUCAGUUCCUACAAUGACACGUUUCUCGGGCAUUUGGUGAUUAAAAUGUGAAUCGUACCGUGUGUAUUUGCUAAAGUAUCAAGAGCUGUAUACACUUUAGAAUAGAUGUUAUAUGAGUGAUGAUUCGAGAUAAGUUUGCAACUUGUUGAUAAGCUUUCCUCCAUAUUCUUAACCACUUAUGUUACACGAGUAGAGAUGUUCAAGAGCUAUUGUAAGUUUUUUACUCUUCUCUUUAUCCAAACCUUUUUGAGAACGACCGAUUUGCGAUCUAUUGAUUUACCAAGGUUUUCCGAUGAAUCUCUCAUUCCUUUUAUACUGCUACUUUUUGUCACGAAAUUUUCCUCGUUCACCUUUUUAAAGAUAAUAUUCAACUUUUUCUUUUUGUCUCCUUUUAAUUAUUAUAAUAUGACUCGAUGAUGAUUAUGAUUACAAUAUGACAAUGUUGAGAUAUAAAAAUAAAUUGUGUAAAUAUA